AUGGCGAGCACAUCAAGACCUUCAUCAGCACUAUCCAGUCGAUCAUCACCACCUUUACCCAAAAGGUCCAAAAAAUCCAAAGCACACCACCAAAAUAUUAAUAAAGCAGAUCAGAUAUCAGACAUUGUCGGUACAGGACUCAAUAAACCGACAGACGAGUUCGACCUUAUGGGAAAAUCGAUAGCAAUCAAAUUACGGCGAUUGCCAAGAGAAAUACGACUAUAUUCAGAAAAAUUAAUAAACGAUUGA